AUGGGUGUUUUUAACAUUAAAAUAAAAUUAGCAAGGUGUAAUGUGCAAAAAGAAAAAAUUAUUUGCAUUAAUAUCAUUUUUAAAUGCAAAAGUAGCGAUAUUUAUAAGGCUCGUAUAGUUUGUGGGGGAUCUACAAAAUGCAACUGGUUAUAA